ACAGACAAGCACUUGUGUCCGAUUGCGGCAGGUAUUUGAUAAUGCCUAUAGUUAAAGGUUGUCGUGACAAUCUCCUUUAUUAUAUUGAUCUAAGCGAGACAAAAAAUGUAAUAUCAUCCCUGAAGGUUAUCAAGGUGAUAGACGUGUUUGAAAAUGACUACGAGUACAUAACCAACGUGGGAUCAAAAAUGUAUCUUAGGACGAAUAAAAGCGCCCCCAACUACAGAAUUAUUGUUAUAGAUUUGGAAAAUCCCCUUGAAGAAUAUUGGCAAGCAAUAAUUCCAAGUACCCUCCAAGUGAAUAGCUUAAAAACAGGAACCUUAAUUAGAAAUUUCCAUUUGGAUAUUGGCACUGUUGUGGCUGUGUCCGGAAAGAAAAAGUAUUCUGAAUUCUUUUUCAACUUUUCAUCAUUUUUAAAUCCUGGUAUUAUUUACCAGUACGAUUUCAAGACACCAGAAGAACCAUUAAAGAUAUUGCGUGAAAUUAAGCUACGCUUGGAUGGAUAUAGUCAAUAUGACUACGAACGAACGCAAAUUAUUUCCCCUCGUCCAUGUCUACUCUACGGUUAUGGAGGCUUCAACAUAAGCUUACAGCCUUCGUUUUCUGCAACAGGAUUGAUGUUUAUUAACACUUUUGACGGUGUAUUGGCAUAUCCCAAUCUACGAGGAGGUGGUGAAUAUGGUGAGAAAUGGCACAACGCAGGGCGGCUAUUACAUAAGCAAAAUGUUUUUGAUGAUUUUCAAGCAUCCGCGGAGUUUUUAAUUAAUAACCGAUACACGACUAAAGAUCGUCUUGUAAUACAAGGAGGAUCAAAUGGAGGAUUAUUAGUAGGUGCUUGCAUCAAUCAACGACCGGAUCUAUUCGGUGUUGCGAUAGCACAAGUGGGGGUUAUGGAUAUGCUGCGUUUUCAUCAUUUCACUAUUGGUAAAGCUUGGUGCUCGGAUUAUGGCGACCCUAGCGAAAAGGAACAUUUCGAAAAUAUUUUUAAAUAUUCACCUUUGCACAAUGUGCAUACUCCAAAAACUAAGUCUGAAGAAUAUCCUUCAACUUUAAUUCUAACCGCUGAUCACGAUGACCGCGUAAGCCCCCUGCAUUCUUUAAAAUUCGCCGCCACUCUUCAGAGAGCUAUUGAAGACUCUGUUCAAGAAAAUCCCAUACUUUUACGCGUAUACAGCAAAGCUGGCCAUGGUGCCGGUAAACCAACGACAAAAAGGAUCGAAGAAGCUGCUGACAUUCUUACUUUUAUACGCAAAACCGUAAACGUUGAUGUUAUUAAUUUAUAAUAUAUACAUAUUAUGCACAUUAUAACGUCAUUUUAACAUUUUUAUUAAAAUCUUUAGUUGAAUGCGAAUAGUAUACAUA